UGUAACUUUACCUUUGCACCAGUCAAGAGGGUCCUCGGAAGCCCAGCCCAAACAAAAAGGCAUCGGGUUACUCUGGAAAUACAGCGCUGCAGAUUUUGCUUUUAUCAUAUAAAGGUUAUUGAAUUUAUUUUAAAAGUAUUUCAUUUUUCUCUUCUUUUCCUAGACGAAUAACAUUUGAGCUGGUAAUAUCGAAAGAAAACGUCGAUAAUUUGUGUGCACGGUAACGACGGCAGUCUACAGUCUAGUGUUAGCAAGGUGUCUGGGUGUCAGACGCUAGGAGAGUUAGCCAAACAGAUACCCUGCCUGCUUCUAGAAGUUACUUUUUUUUUUAGAGAAGCUGUUGUGGAAACCCAAUGCUAAGCUGAUAGAGUAAAUCAUUCGUCGUGUUGGGCUUAUGUUAGCAAAGCCCGAUGUGUUUAUAUCCGUUUGCUUCGUUGCGUAGUUGAAGUUAAAGCUAGCACGUACGUUAGCUUAGCUACAUCGUUAAACGACAACAUCCAGCAAACUGGACAAAACAUUAGAUUUAGUGGGCUUUAAAUCGGGCUCAGCGGGUCCACUGACACCUCAGAAAAAGAUGAAGAAGAGGAAGGAGCUGAACGCCUUGAUCGGACUUGGUGACAGCAAAAGAAAGAAGACCAAAAAGGGCUCUGGACACCGACUUCUCCGAACCGAACCUCCAGACUCGGAGUCAGAGUCCAGCUCUGAAGAUGAUUUCAACAAUCCCAACAGCGGAGCUAACUUUGGAAAAAGAAGCUAUGCACAGUGCUGCAAUGUGUGCUACCCCUUAUUCCUCUUCAUCAUUUUAGCUGCUUGUGUCAUGGCCUGUGCUGGACUCAUAUGGAUGCAGAUUGCUCUGAAAGAAGAUCUAGACUCUCUGAAAGAAAAGCUGCACAGCAUGGAUUCAAGUCAGAAAGUGUCAUCAAAUGAAAUACCCAAAAUAAACGAGGAUCUCAAAAACAAGGAGCGAAAACUUGAUGACUUUGAGAACGGGGACAAGGGAUUGAGCAAACUUUGGUUUAACCUGACGGCGAUGAAUAAAAAGAUCACGAUACUCGACUCUGCUGUCAACCAUUUAAAAGCCAACUUGAAGUCAGCUGCUGAUUUAGUCAGCCUCCCAGCAACCGUUGAAGAUCUUCAGAAGAGUGUUGCUACAAUCGGCAGCACUCUAACAAGUGUUCAGCACGAUGUGAAGACUAUGCAGGAUGCCCUUGAGAAGCAGAAGAAAGAUGACGACUUGAAGAAAACCGUGGACAUAACCGACUUCAACAGAGCCUUGGGUGAAGUGAACAAGACAGAAGAGCAGCUCCACUUGUGGACUGAUGAGCAGAUCCACGUCCUUCUCUCCACUGUUGCAGAUCUUCAUCAGAGAGUAGCCUCUUUGGAGAAUGGGUCAAAACACAGCGUGCAGAGUAAUGAUGCGGCAGCUCCAGCAGGAAACUUCAGUGAGCGCGUCGAAACUGAGAAGGUCAAAGAACCACCUACAACCAAAGCGGCACCUGAAGAGGAGAAGGAGAUGUCCACUCCGCUGACAGAGAUGCGAACAAGCAGACGACCCCGCUUUUUAACGUCAAAACGAAUUAAGAGAAGCGCUGGAAUAAACUGUCCAUCAAGGCUGUUCCUGCCUGGUAUCAGUUCUCUGAAAGAUUUGGAAGACAUCCUCCAUGAAGUCGGCGUUGGACGUAAUUCACUUGGAGUUACCUACCAGGACUUGAAGAAAGUGCUCGGAUCAUCAGUCCCCAGCGAGGAUGCUUUCGAGUGCUUUGAUGCUGAUGGAGACCAGAGGUAUUCCCUGAUGGAGCUGAGAGCUGCUGUGGGUUUGUGAGCACCUCCUCGAAGACGGCAGUGAACAGUAUUGAAUACCCAGCAGGGUCUGGAGGGUUCGGGGUUCCCAGCCCCUUUCUGUUAUUGCUGCACUUUGUGAACUGAAUAUUUAACUUGCUGAUUGUGGAAAAAACUGGCACUGGUAUGCCGUCUUACUAUUCACACCCCUACCCCUGAGGUUCACUUUAAGGUAUCAGCCACAAAGCAUUGCUUAUAUUUUAACAGUAAUUCACGAGUUCCUGUAAGUAUGACUCUUAAUUAGCUCAUUCUUUGGUUUAUAUUAGUAAACCAUCAAUAUGUGGUGUUUUCUGAACCCUAUUCUUCCCCCCAACUCUUCAACUUGUGUUCAUGUACUUGUAUUUAAUUUUGGGGGGGUUCUGUUUUAGUUUUCCUCUUUUUAGCUACUAGUUAAAUUUGAUGUGAUGAGUGUUUAUGAAAUUGUUUAAAACUUAUCAGUCAACACCAUACGUUCCUCUCAAAACACCGGUUUACCUAAACUUUAUUUAAGAGGUGGAAUUUAUGAAUGUUUACAAAUGACUACUAGAAACAGUUUUUCAGGCCUUGGACAAGUUUUUAAAUGAUUUCUUAACUUGUAUAAAAAAAGAGUUGCAACUUUUGUCUACUCUUUUAAAGCUAAAAGAAAAGUGUAAAGUUCAUUUUUGUUCCAUUUGUUCUUUUACCAUAUAAUUGGAAUCAUGUAAUUGAUGUGUAUCUUAUUGUUUUUUUUUUCAUGUUUUGUAGAUUUGAAGGGCUACAAACACCUUGAAGUGGUUAUUUAUGGGGCAUAUGUAGCAAUAAGUAAUGGUUUAUACUACCGCAGUAGAAAAAGGCACACAUUGCUCACAAGAUGUAACAGGUAGUAUAAGAAGCACUGACUCAGUUUCCUUGAUUCAUCCUAAUGGUCUAAUAAUGGUGUUUACAUUUGCAAAAUGAUCAGAUUCAGACUCUGUUGUCCUGUAAAAUGUGUUGUUCAACUGGUUAACUUAAGGGAUCAGGUUGUUAAAUUGAUCGUCUUGAUAGCAACAUUCUUUUAACGAUUUAGUUGUGCUGUGCAUGUUUUGAGUGUAUCAUGAACAAAUCUAUGAAAUUAACCUUUCAUCUAAUUAUGCAGGACAAUGUUUAGUUGAGCUCAGUAAGUCAGGGCUUUGACCUUCAUCUUGACUUAAAGUUUGGGUCCACAAUGCUAUGUAUGUGGUAUUUUAUGAUUUGUCUUUUUGUUUAAGCAUCAAUUAAAACAGUAAAAGGUUUGACUUGAUUGAUUUCCUUAAUAAUGAACUGA